AUGCGGUCGUCACUCCUUCUCUCUCUAGUAUGUCUCUCCGCAGAUGCAACAACCAUCUCCCGCCAUUUCAACCAGCUGCGUAGUGACUUCUCCUCUCUACCACAAGCUCACUCGGCCCGCGGACUGCCCGCCGCAGAUGGCAAGAAGGGCGUCCUUCUGAUGAACCGCAUCGGUCCGUCCACCUCAGAGCUUUACAUCGCCAACGCCGACGGCACGAACGAGCGCAAGCUCCUAGGGAACAGCACCUCGCGUUACGAGUACCAUGCCUCCUUCUCCCCUGACGGCCAAUGGGUGACCUUCACCACCGAGCGCAACGGCGACGGUAACUCCGACCUUUACCGCUGCCGCUUCUCCGCCACCGGCAACACGACGACGUGCUCGGGCCUCGAGAAGCUGGUCGCUACCCCUUCCGUAGAAGACGCUGGUGCCCUUUCCCCCGACGGUGCUCAACUUGCGUUCGUGUCGACGGAGAACGGCUACAAAGCCAACGUGUGGGUCAUGGAUCUCGCGACUGGUGAACGCCGUAACCUCACCAACACCGCCAACGUGGCCGGCGACCCUUUGAAACCGGACGGCUACUUCAGACCCAGCUGGUCUCCAGACGGCGAGUGGAUCGCCUUCGCCUCGGACCGCAAUACCGAAUGGCGCGGCCACGGUAACGGCACAGGCUGGGAACACACGCAAGAGCUCUCCGUCUACGUUAUCCGUCCCGAUGGUACAGGCUUCCGCCAGAUCGCGACAAAGUUGGGAUACUGUCUCGGCUCGCCCAGGUGGUCUCCGGAUGGAAAGCGUGUGAUCUACUACGAAAUCACGACCGAGAAUACGUGGGGGGCGCACCGGCCCGAGUCCGUCACCAGCGUCACUUCGCAGAUCGUCUCUGUCGACUUCGAGACAGGCACCGACCGAGUGGAACACACCUCCGGCUCCGGGUUGAAGAUGUUUCCGCAGUGGUUGGCUGGUGACAAGGAAGACGCCAACAUCGCUUACCUGAUCAAGGGCGGUGACAACGAGGGCUACAACUACACCUCGGGCGCCAUCCCUGCCGUCACUGCCGCGAUCCGUUCUCCGGCAUGGUCCCCUGACGGAAAGUUUGUUAUCUACGAGAAGGGGCUUGCGGGUGCUUUCCAACCGUCCUGGUCAUCCGAUGGCGAGUGGAUUGCCUUUGGGCUCGGCUCCUGGUUCCAGGCUCGCGCGACUGGGAAAGCACGCGUUUACCGCACGACAUCCAACGGCAGCUAUUACGAGGCUCUCACGGACGGCACCGUUCACUCCGGUUUCCCCAGCUACUCGCCCGAUGGGAAAUCCAUCGUCUUCAGGGAGUGGGGUGUUCGCUACGGACUUCGCGUCAUUGACCUCGAGACGAAGGCAGUCCGCAGUCUGACAAACGCAACGGACAACCUUCCCUUCUGGUCUCCUGACGGCGAGCGCAUCGUCUUCACGCGCAAGACUUCCGCGACAAACUUUGACGUUUGCACGAUCCGUCCAGACGGCACGGAUCUGAAAACCCUCACUUCCAGCGGUGCCAAUGAUGCCCAUGCAGUGUGGUCUCACGACGGCCGGAUCCUGUACUCAAGCGGCAUGUACGGCUUCAGGGACGAAGCCGCCAUUUAUGAUCAGACUUUCCAGCCGUACGGGCAGAUUCUGGUUAUGGAUGCCGAUGGAUCGAAUAAGCGCAUGCUCACGGAUAGUCUGUGGGAAGACUCCAUGCCGCUUUACGUGCCGAACGAGUUUCUUGUGUAG